AUGGACGAUAUAGCGGGGUUGGGCUGGUCUUCAACCCCGACCAAUGGACAGAAAACCGCAGCAUCGAACUAUUCGGCCUUCUCGACCUUGAAACCUACUCCUCCGGUCUCAGGACAGGCGUCGCCGCUGAAUUCGACAUCCCCACAUCCUCCUACCAAACCCAUUACUCCUUCCGACGACAGUUUUGCCAACCUGGUGUCAUUCGGGGGGAAUUCUAACAAGAAUCUGUCUCUGCUAGAGCAACAGAAGAGGCAGACGGAGGCGAAGCUGCAUCAGCAGCGGGCUCAAAGUCAAACACUAAAAGACCAAUAUGCUGGCGGGGAUGACCAAUUCUGGAACACUUUAGGGAGUGGCAGGGGAACGCCGUCCACGGACAGUUCUCGGAAUGCAACAACCUCGAAGAAUGGUGUCGUGAACGAUGGUGGCGACGAUGAUCUCUUUGCUGCUUUCAAUCGCCCUCCUGAGGCUACAUCAAAGCUAGCUACUGCAGCUUCGGAGAGAACCGUAAUAAAUAACGAUGACGACCUAUUUGGGCUUUCAAAUUCUGCUUCACAGAGGGCCCCAACUACCGUCACUGCUAUCUCCACGGACGACGAUGUGCUUGGACUGCUCGGUAGGCCUGCACCUGCCCUGACUAGGAAAGAACAUCCUCCGCCUGCGGCGAAGGCGAAGGCUGAAUCAGCGGACCUUCAUCCUCAAGACAGAGCGGUCGCGGAGCUUGUCGACAUGGGAUUUACCGCUGACAAGGCAAAAAUUGCUCUACAACACACCAAAUCCGGCACUGACAUCCAGGCUGCCGUGGGGUACCUGCUUAAUGAGGCACACUCUGACUCACGCCAGCACUCACAGUCAAGAGGUGCGAUUUGGGAAGGGGGGCAGUCAAAUGUUGACCGGACGAGAAGCGGACCCCGAUUACCAACAUCAAGGCCGUCGACACUGUCUGAAACGGAAAACGGCACUAGAAAUCGAGACCAGGGCUUUGCACGCACCACAGAAACAGACAUCGAACACAAGGCAGCCGAAUUUGGAAAUAACUUUUUGAAAACAGCUGGUGCAUUGUGGAAACAAGGCACAAAGAAAGUUCAACAAGCUGUACAGGAACUUAACUCUGACAGCGAUUCUGGUAGUCAGCCCCGUUGGAUGCGAGAAGCAGAGCGGCCGAUUCGAAGUGAUGCUCGAGUCCGACGGAGGGAGGACGAACUGGUCAAAAGUCGGAUACAAACGCCAAGUAGCGAUGUUCAAGGCUCUGUCGGUGUCACAGACGAAGCUAUGAUGCUCGAAUCUAGCCGGCCAAACCCCCCACCGCGUCUGGUGGCAUCGUCGCGGGCAGACCGGCGGGUUGACUCUAGCGCUGACAGCUCUCGCGACCAUUCCCCGAGUAUGCACUCAAGUCUACGGGAAUCGCUUUCACAGAAACAGCCUGCGUUCAUGCGGCAGCAGAACUCGGCUCCGAUUGCAAGCUCAAGAUCCACAUUAAACAAAACGACAGCUGAGGAGCAAGCCGCCCAAGCAUAUGUCAGUUCAGCCCGACGGCGCAAGCCUCCGCCCGAGUCUCAAGUGCCUACUGCCUCAUCAGAACCAGAUCUUCUUGAUGGAGCGCCGAAGACUGUGGGCAACACAAGGGAGCCCGUAAAGGUAGCAUCGAAUCUUCCCGCUCGUCCUCACUCACAACUUGCGAGGCGUGUGGAAGCACCUGUACGGCAGCCAACUCCAACUCGCAGGAUCCCUCCGGUAUCUGAAAUCAGUCUCAAAGCAUCUCAUUCACACCGCGAAAAAGGGAACGAACACUUCAAACGCGGGGACUAUUCCUCCGCCCACCAAUCGUACGCCACAUCCAUAUCACACCUGCCGGAAAACCACCCUCUGGUCAUUGUUCUUCUUACCAACCGAGCUUUGACGGCACUGAAAAUAGGGGAACCGAAAGCCGCCAUCGCAGACGCGGAUAGAGCCAUAGCUGUGAUCGGCCCAUCAAAAGGUGAAUCUGAAACCAUCGAUCUCGGCACUGGUGAUGCUCCCAAGCCCAUGCGUGAGUACUACGGCAAGGCCCUUAUGCGCAAAGCCGAGGCCCUAGAACAGAUGGAAAAAUGGGCUGAGGCGGCUCUUGCCUGGCAUGAAGCUGUCGCGGGCGGCCAUGGCGGCGCUUAUAGUAUUCAAGGCCGCAUCCGCUCUGAGAAGGCCACAAACCCAAAACCAUCGAAAACAGCACCUUCGCUAGCUGCGAGGAAGCCCGCCGCCUCCACUCCUGUCAUAAGCCGCCGUCCCGCAACAAUAGCAUCAUCAUCGUCGUCAUUGUCAUCUGCCUCAGCAGCGACAGCGACAGCUCCAGCGGCCGCCGUGGCGCGACUCCGCGCAGCGAACGUUGCAGCAGAAAAGGCGGACGACGAGAAAUUUCGUCUCGCAGAUUCCGUUGACGCUCGUAUUCAAGCGUGGAAAGGCGGCAAGGCCGAUAACCUGCGGGCUCUCCUGGCAAGUCUGGAGAACGUGUUGUGGGCAGGCUCAGGGUGGAAGAAGAUCAGCAUGGCCGACCUUGUACUACCUGGCAAAGUUAAGGUCCACUAUAUGAAGGGAAUAGCGAAGGUGCAUCCUGAUAAGAUUCCGACGGACGCAACGACCGAGCAGCGCAUGAUUGCCGGGGCAGUGUUCAGCACGCUCAACGAGGCAUGGGACAAAUUCAAGGCGGAGAACGGGCUCUAA